AUGACGCGCGUGUACGUUGGCAAUAUCGACAAGCGGGCGACGAAGGAGGAGCUGCUGGAGUUCCUGAAGCCGAUGGAGGACACCAUUGAGGACUCGUGGCUCGCGCGCCGGCCGCCAGGCUUCGCUUUCCUCACCAUCACCCCCUCGCAGGCGGUGGCCUUUGUGGAGGCGUUCAACGGCCGCGAGUUCCGCGGGCGGGCCCUCGUCGUUGAGACGUCCACCACCACCUCCCGCCGCCGCGAGCGCGACCCACCCGCCGUCCGAGGCCACAACGAUAAGAGACGGCGACGCCGCUCCGACAGCCGCGGGAGGCAUCACAGCGAGAGACGACGAGAUCGCAGUCGCAGUCGCAGUCGCAGUCGCAGUGACAGGCGACGCCGCGAGCGCUCAAGGGAACGCAGAUACCGACGACGGUCGUACAGCCGCAGCAGCUCACGCUCGUCAAGGUCGUCAUGA